AUGGCGUCGAAGAGUGAUCGCGCGUCCGCAGCGCUGCUGCAGCGCCCAUACAUCUGGAUGAGGAGAUUCGCGAAGAAAAUGUCCUUGGCGGCACUCUUGUCGGGGAAGAAUCUGGCGUGCAAUCGCCGGGCCUGGAGGAGAUCCUUGCCACGGCCAGCAGCCCUCACGAGAUCCGCCAGGAAAUGCCGCUCUUCUAGCCCUGCGAUCGCAGCAGUCAUCCGCCAUGGAAGAUUCCUAAUUUUUGGUUCCCAAGAAAGAGGGAAAUUUUUUGCUAGGGUUCUUUGUCUCGCCCUCUCUCCGAUGGGAGAUCUUCCGCCGAUUGGAGAGCGCGACAGGAAAAUCCCUUGGCCGCCCGUGGUCGUGAUCGAGAAUGUGGCCACGACAUACGAUCGGCAGCUCAGGAAGCACAGAGGUAUGGAGAACAGAGAAAUUCGCGCAGCGAUCGAAGAGGUGAUCAAGGUCGAGGAUCGGCGUUUGAUUCCCUUGUACAACUACGAGGGCCAGACUAGCCGCGCGUUCUUGGUCUUUCCGAGCACCGAGAUCGGGUAUGAGAAUGCCGUGAGAGUCCAUGAUGCGUUCGCUCCUCGUCGCGAGUCCAGGAGGAAUGGGCAACUCUAUGGAUACCUCGCUACUCCAGAGGAUAUGAAGCGCCUGGAUUCAAACAAGAAAGCACUCCGGAACUGGACGAUCGAGAGCCUCGAGGAGAAAGUUUUGAGGCCUCGGAGGGAGGCACUCCAGGAGUAUGAGCGCGCGAAGCAGCUCCAGAUCCAACUCCAGCAAGAGAAUGACGCCGCCGAGAGCGCGCUCCACAACGACAGCCAAAAGGCAGCGAUUUUGCAGGAAGAGCUGGCGAGAAAGAAGGAAGAAAUGGAGAAGGAGAAACGCCUCCGAAGAGAAAUCAAGGAGGCACAUGAGCGUGAGAUGAAGAAGCGAAGGUCACAGCUCGAGGCCCAGCGGGAGAUGGUGCUCCGGAGCUGCCGCCGAGAAAACGAGGAGCUCUUCGAGAGCCUGAAGAAAAAGCGUGAGGAGACCGACGCGGAGAUCGCCAAAUACCAGGAGGAGGAAAAAGCUCUGCGGCAAAACAUAGACUCUCGCAACAAGGAGCUCCAGAAGUUUGAGAGGCUUCUCAGCGAGCAAGGCCUUCAGAUGAAAAUAGGAGAAAGGCUUGCGGCGCUCAAGGAAGAGCAGCACAAGAGGAUGAUGGCACUCAGAACUCGCUACAACGAGGAGCGCUUGCAACUCGCCCAGCAGAAGCAGGCAAAGGAGAAGCAACUCCUGGAGGAGCAGCUGCGGAAGAAGGAGGAGCUCGCCCAGUCGAUCAAAUCGGACGAGAAGAACGCCAAGAACGAGAACUGUAUCAUCUGCAUGGAGAAGUUCUCGUUGCGGCGAGGUCUCUAUGGUUGCGGCCACUCGUACGUUUGCGAGGAAUGCUUACCAGCGGUAUGGGGGGCGAAGAAGGAAUGCCCGAUUUGUAGGCACCCGCAGAAAAAAAUGCCCAUUCUCACCCAUGUUUACUCGUAAACUUAGCCAACCUUUUGGCAAGUUUAGCGCUAAUAUCAUGCAAACUUUCAUGA